UAAAAAAGAGAAUAUAUGCUACAUUCGUAGAAUCUGUCAAGGGACUGGAAGAAACUAUUUAGUGUUAAGUUGGUCUGCACUUAUAGGAGGAGAAGACCUUGUGCACCUUGAACUGGUGCCAGGCUGAAGAAUUUUACUAUUGCAUUGUGUUGAAGUUUUCUUCAGAUUUUGCAAGUUACUGUUCUGAUUUGAAACAUAACUGGAGAGUUAUUUAUUUAUUUAUUAUACAGACUUCACUUUCUGAGAGUAGAUUAAAAACUGGGAUUCAUCUUGUCGUAUCAAUGUAUGCCUUAGAGAACAUAAGUGGUAUUAAACAAUGAGAAAUGCGAAGUGAUAGACAAGCCGAUGAUGUUACUGUUUCCUGUCUAUAAGCAAUAGAAUACCAUGAUAUUGUAUGGGCAAAUGGUAUUUAAUGAAUUAUGUACUUUUGACAGUUUCUGAAUUUGAAAGAUUUGAAAUUUUCUCAGAUGUGCAGCUGUGAAAGUUCCUCAGCAUCACCCAAAUCAUCUGUUAUAUCUCCUAGCAGUGCAGCAGCUAGCAGACUGGCUGGACAAGGUUGUGAUUCAAUUAUUCCCACAGGGGGCAGAGCUCAGCAGAAGAGUGGACCUGUUGUGUUAGCAGAUGAAGUAAAGAAUCCAGCCAUGGAAAAACUAGAAUUGGUGAGAAAGUGGAGCCUGAACACUUAUAAGUGUACACGUCAGAUCAUCUCUGAAAAACUGGGUCGUGGCUCAAGAACAGUGGACUUGGAACUAGAAGCUCAGAUAGAUAUAUUGAAAGACAACAAAAAAAAAUAUGAAAAUAUCUUGAGACUGGCACAGACACUAUCCACGCAGCUGUUCCAGAUGGUACAUACCCAAAGGCAACUUGGAGAUGCAUUUGCUGACCUGAGUUUGAAAUCAUUGGAACUUCAUGAGGAGUUUGGCUACAAUGCAGAUACGCAGAAACUUCUAGCUAAAAAUGGAGAAACACUUCUUGGGGCUAUUAACUUUUUUAUUGCCAGUGUGAAUACAUUGGUGAAUAAAACAAUUGAGGAUACGUUGUUGACUGUGAAACAGUACGAAAGUGCCAGGAUUGAAUACGAUGCUUAUCGAACAGACCUGGAAGAGCUGAAUCUUGGCCCUCGUGAUGCAAACACUCUGCCAAAGAUUGAACAAUCACAGCAACUGUUUCAAGUGCAUAAAGAGAAAUAUGACAAAAUGCGUAAUGAUGUAUCUAUCAAAUUGAAAUUUUUGGAAGAAAAUAAGGUGAAGGUAUUGCACAAUCAGCUUGCUCUGUUCCACAGUGCCAUUGCAGCGUACUUUGCUGGCAAUCAAAAGCAGCUUGAACAGACACUUAAACAGUUCCACAUCAAAUUGAAAACUCCUGGCGCAGAUGCCCCGUCUUGGCUUGAAGAACAGUAAUCAGAUCAUAGAAGAGGACACAAUGUUAACCUAAAAUUCUUUAAAUCUGAGAAUAAUUAAGGGUUGGGUUGAAGGACUUUUGUACUGAUUCUUGAACAGACAGCUUUAAAUUUUUCCCCUUUUAUAAUACUGUAAAACUGAAUUUGAUAGGAAAGUGGGUGACUUUAAGGUAACUAAACAUAAUUUCAAAUAUAGAGCACUCCUUUUGUAUGUAAAAGCUAGUAGUUUUUUCUGUAACUGGGAUAGGGGAGGGAAGGAGGGAGGGGAAACAAAACUAUUAUAGAUUUGCACUGACAAAUUACGCUUGUGAUUUCUGAUAUUUUGAUAGCUAGUCAAAAUAUUUCCAAAUGGAGGUUUACAUGAUUUGCACCAACAUUGGUAUUUUCUAGAUGACUAUAGAAAACAUCUUUGUAAUUUUCAUAUGAUUUUUAAAAAAAAGAGAAAGUUAAAACAAUAUUUUUGCAGAUGAAUAAUAUAAGGCCUAUAUGUGGUAUCUGCAUAUAAGGCAACAGUAGCAGAUGGCUCAUUGACAAGUGGAAUUGCAGCAAAUACCUGUUUUAAAAAUAUACCUUUCCACCAAAGGGUUAAAAAAACCCCAACAACAAAAAAACACUAAAGCAAGAAUCACUGUCAAUCUGAGGCUUCUGAGCACGUUUUUGCUUUGCACCAAGUGGUUUGCUGAGUGAGGCCAGCCAUUAAAUGUGCUAAUUUCAUGUAAAAUGUUUCCUUCUCUAUGAAACAAAUACCAUACUAGCCUUAAAUCACAGGUAUGUGCCUUUUUAUAAGAUAAUAUUUUCCACCAAUGUAUGUAAUCUAAGAACCCUUUCAUGUAAUAGUUUGUCAGUUCCUAAUAAGGGGAACACAACUGUCUAAAUGCUGUGCCAUUGUACACUUAGAGCAAGUUUAAAGCUUUAGUUAAACUUCAUGGACAGGUAUGAUUUUGAGAGGAAAUCGAGCCAGUGUGUUUUUUCUGUUUAAUUGAAAAGCAUACUUCAGUAAUGGGAGCAAAAUGGAGGACGUAUUUUUAAUUUCUUCAUCAUUUCUGCAGUCCUUAAAUGUAAAAUUAUAUGUCAAUUUUAUCACAGACAUUUUAAAUUCAAUAUUUUGGAGUCCUCAUUUGCAUGUUAUGUUGCUUUGUUAUGUUAAGUAAAAUGAAAUGCUUCAAAUAUGCUGUUUACAAUGGUAUGAACUGUAUGAUUUAUGUGCUGUAUGUUCAAACACCUUUCAGCUGACAUUCUUAAAGUUUUCAGUGCUUAACACAGCUGUAAUAUAACUGUAAAUCAAACUUUUUAAUCAUUCCUCCUUAAAUUCUUAGCCUGACAGAGCCUUCUUUAUGUUUGUGUUCUGUCAGAAUCUCUUGUAAUAGCUCAAUUACGUUCCCUAGAAUGUAUAUCUUAUGUGAAUUUUGUAUUCAUAUUAAAUGUGUUUGCAGUCAAA